AGACCGCCAAGCGCAGUCCCGACACCAACCUGCAGGUCGGCAGAGUCGGGCGCCAAGCGACUGAAGACCGAGGCACCUUCGGAGGAAGAGUCAUCACCUGCAAAGGCUUCUUCUCCACAGGACAACAAGAAAGUCAAGACCAAGCCAGCUGCGUCGCCUGAACACGAGGAGAUGGAGACAGAGUCUACACCUGAAGCAGACAACAAGAAAGUCAAGACCGACCCAGCUGCGUCGCCUAAACACAAGGAGAUGGAGACCAAGUCUACACCUGAAGCAGACAAAAAAGUGGAACCAAAAAAAGAAAAAGACGAAAACAAACAAAUGGAUGAAAAAAAACUAACAAAAGUCUCCCCACCAACGAAGAAAGAACCCAAGGACGAGAAGCCAUCUAAGAAGUCCAGGUCCUCGUCUCCGAAAGACGAGAAGCCAUCUAAGAAGUCCAAGUCGCCAUCUCCGAAGGAUGAGAAAGCCAAAGAAAAACCGCAGGCCGUAGCCGGAAAGAAGCUCCAAAACUUUGCCUUCACGUCUGGAAAGUCGGACCAGAAUUCGUCUGCUGCGAGCCAGGUAUGCAAUUACGACCCUACCAAGGCCAACUACGACCCCGUGGAAGACGCCUGCUGGAAGAAGGGCGCCAAGGUGCCGUACCUUGCCCUUGCCAUCACCUUGGACAAGAUCGACGGCAUCUCGGGCAGGCUUCGCAUUAUGGAAGUUUUGAGCAACUUCCUGCGCUCGGUGUUGAUCCUGUCGCCCGACGACUUGCUGAGUGCUGUCUACCUCUGCCUCAACAAGAUCGCACCCGACUACCAAGGUCUUGAGUUGGGCAUUGGCGAGUCACUGCUGGUCAAGGCACUUGCCGAGGCAACGGGGCGUACUCCGGACAAAGUGCGGGCAGAAGCCUCAGCCAAAGGCGACCUAGGCCUUGUUGCAGAGAGCAGCCGCAGCCAACAACGGGUGCUGUUCGCACCGCCGCCGCUGAUGCUGUCGCACGUCUUUACCAAGUUGCGGGCAAUUGCGGAGAUGACUGGAAACUCGGUGCAGCAGAAGAAAGUCGACAUAAUCAAGGUCCUGCUCGUCGCCUGCCGUCAGUGCGAAGCUCGGUUUCUCGUGCGCUCGCUCGGGGGCAAACUGCGCAUUGGCCUGGCCGAGGCAUCGCUGCUGACCGCCCUGGCUCACGCGGCUGCACUCUCGCCACCUCACGGGGACCCCAAGGCAUCCAAGAAGCGGCUUGAGGAAGCGGCCUUGCUUGUCAAGACAGCUUACUGCGAGUGUCCGGACUAUGAGCGACUGAUCAACGCCCUGCUGGAAGAGGGCGUCGACUCGCUGCCCAAGCGCUGCCGGCUGAGUCCCGGCAUCCCUCUGAAGCCCAUGCUCGCCCAUCCGACCAAGGCCAUCUCGGAGGUGCUCAACCGCUUCGAGGGGUCGGCCUUCACGUGCGAGUUCAAGUACGACGGCGAGCGAGCUCAGAUCCACCUCUUGGAAGAUGGGAGCGUGCGUAUCUACAGCCGCAACCAGGAGGACAACACGGGCAAGUACCCAGAGGUCGUGUCGCGCAUCCGAGCGGCAAUCACGCCCGACACAAAGACCUGCAUCUUGGACAGCGAGGCAGUUGCCUGGGACCGUCCCAGUCAGACCAUCCUGCCGUUCCAGACGUUGAGCACUCGAAAACGGAAGGACACAACAGAAGAAGAGGUCAAGGUCCAAGUCUGUGUCUUUGCUUUCGACCUUCUGUAUCUCAACGGUGAAUCCCUGGUCAAGGAGACCCUGCGGAAGCGCAGGGAGCUUCUCCGCAAGAUCCUCGUUGAGGUACCCGGCGAGACCCAGCUGGCGCGCUCGGCCGACCUGUCGACGGUCGAGGACAUUCAGGAGUUCCUGCAAGAGUCCAUCAAAGGCAGCUGCGAAGGUCUCAUGGUCAAGUCCUUGGACACUGUGGCUACGUAUGAAAUUGCAAAGCGCUCCCACAACUGGCUCAAGUUGAAGAAGGACUACCUCGAUGGCGUUGGUGACAGCGUGGAUGCCGUGGUUCUUGGUGGCUACCAUGGCAAGGGAAAGCGUACGGGCACGUAUGGUUGCUUCCUGCUUGGCUGCUACGACCCUGAUAAUGAGGAGUUCCAGACGCUCUGCAAGAUCGGCACCGGUUUCAGUGAAGAGCAGCUGGACCAGCACUCGGCCUUCUUCAAGGAGCACGUCAUCCCGGCGCCCAAGUCGUACUACCGGUUUGACAGUAGCCUCGCACCUGAUGCCUGGUUCGAGCCCUGUCAGGUGUGGGAGAUCAAGAGCGCCGACCUCUCAGUCUCACCCGUUCACAAGGCAGCCCUUGGACUGGUUGAUCCUGAGAAGGGCAUUUCCCUGCGGUUUCCUCGGUUUAUCAGGAUACGAGAUGACAAGAGCCCAGAAGAUGCCACUUCUGCCCAACAGGUUGCAGACUUGUACAACAAGCAAGACCACAUCAAGAACAAAAAGGCAGUCAUCCAAGAAACUGCAGCCGAAGAAGAUUUUUAUUAAGUAUUUUAUCUGCGCAUGCCAUGUAAAUAAAAUGUUGCUUUCCCUUGUCA